AUGAACCCUGAGUUGUCCCCCUCCCCAGCCCUCCAUUGUCUCUAUGAGGGCGUGAGGGAUCCCUAUGCAGAGGUGUGUAACUCUAUAUGCAGGUCCACAGAUGGACUCUAUGAAUGUAGGCUGGAACGGCCAGAUGGUUCAAUUUUUCGACAGAGAUCCAACGGAGACUUUAAUCUCAGAGAGACACCACAGAUCCAACUGACACCAGUCAGACAAAAUGUGGAGUGUGGGGGUGGAAAUGUAACACUGCAGUGCUCUGUCAACAGUCCCUACGAGGUGGAGUUUCCGGACUUUCCCUCUGCAGGUACAGGUAAUAUGAUCACAGCUCAGUUUCCAGUUCCUGAUGACUGUACAAACCAGGAAGGGGAACGGUCGUUCACCUGUCGAACAAAAACCAGUCCAGUAUUUGAAAGCGAAAUAAUACUGGAGUUAUCUGCAGGAAGAUUUGUUUGCUCUCAUCCAGAAUUUGGUGUUGGAACGGUUGGUUUCAGGGCUGUAGCAAAGUGCGAACCCGGCAAGGUGGGAGAAAGGACAGCAGUUUGUACGGCAAAUGAAAAAUUUGAAGAUCAACAAGACAACUGCGUCCUUCAACCCAUUCAGGACCUGCAUGAACAGUGUCAGUUUGUCAAUGACAAUUCACUGGCACUAUUCUUGGAUCACCUCAGCAACGUCACUGUCAACUUCACUACAGACGUUGCUCAAUCUCCUGCCACCAUUUAUGCCAUUGUUGACAUACUCAACAAUAUAGCCAACACAUCUUCAGCAAUAAAUAUCACAAUGAGUAUGACUUCAAUGGAGGAUGUCCUGCUGACUGCGGGUCUUCUCACCAUAGAUGAGGCAAAGGAAUCAUGGGACUUUUUGAACAACAACAACAACACUAGAAACAGCCCAGCAACGAGAAGUAACAGCACCUCAGCUAAAAGUGUCAGCUCAUCAUUACUGCAGUCUCUUGAGACUAUAACAAGGCAACUUACCAGUGACACGUUCAACAUUGAGACACCUUCUAUUCUGUUGAACAAAACCACAUUUGAAGACAAUCUCAAUUCUGACUUUAAUUCUUCAGUGGAGAUAAACAUAACAGGGCGUGAAGGAGGGAACCAGGCAAUCACUGUGUUAACAUUUGCCUCAAAGCAUAACGUACUUCCUGCAAGAGAUGAAGCCAAUUCAUCUGUUAACGUUAUCAAUGGCAGAGUUGUACUUGUUCAGUCCAAUAGCAGCAUCAGUAAUAUUUCUUUCACGUUUGAUAUUACAAACAAUAGUCUGGGAAAUCCACAAUGUGUUUUCUGGAACUUCAGCCUCUUCGAUGGUCUUGGAGGGUGGGACGAUGAAGGCUGCACUUUGGUAUCUGAUGACAACGAAACCGUCACCUGCAACUGCAACCACCUUACCUCAUUCUCCAUCCUUAUGUCGCCCAACAGUCCAGAUGAUGAAGUGUUGGACAUUAUAACCUACGUUGGAGUUGGAAUAUCCAUGGCGUCCUUGGUUAUAUGUCUCAUCAUUGAAGCGGUCAUUUGGAGAAAAAUACGAAAGAACAACACAUCUUACUUGCGUCAUGUUUCCAUCAUUAACAUCGCAGUGUCCCUACUGAUUGCAAACAUUUGGUUUAUCAUUGGGGCAGCCAUUUCUGACGCAGAGAAGAAAAACCCACCAGCAUGCUCUGCAGCUACCUUUUUUAUCCAUUUUUUCUACCUAGCCCUGUUCUUCUGGAUGUUAGCAUCAGCCUUGCUGUUGCUCUACCGUGCAGUCAGUGUAUUUGAUGGAGGUUUGUCUAAAACAUCCAUGUUGGCUAUUGGAUUCUGUUUAGGCUAUGGGGCACCUCUCAUCAUUGCAACCAUAACCAUAGCUGUGACUGCACCCCAAGGAACAUACAUUCGAGAAACUGGGGUCUGCUGGCUCAACUGGGACCCAUCCAGGGCUCUGCUGGCAUUUGUGAUCCCAGCACUGCUAAUAGUGGCAAUAAACUUUGUGAUCCUGUUUGUGGUGAUGCACAAAAUGUUGACCAGAACGGUUGCGAGGUCUGCUGGCCAAGCUGGUGAGAGACAUGUUCUCGUGGUUAUUGCCAGGAGUUUGGCUGUGCUCACACCAUUUUUUGGAUUAACUUGGAGUCUGGGAGUUGGAACUCUGGUCAGCCCAGACGACAGAGGAAUCCAUAUUUCAUUCGCAUUCUUCAACUCACUGCAGGGUUUCUUCAUAUUUGUGUUUGGAACACUUUUGGACAAAAAGAGCACCAGUGCUGUGACCUCAUCAAGUGGACUGUGA